AGUGAUCGCGCUACAAUUCGGUGCGCACCAACUAUGAACCUGGACUUGAUGGAACAAUCUCUUAGGGAGAUAGCCGUCGAGGGCAUCGACCUCGACCAGGAGUUCGACGUCACACGCUUACAGGAGGAGAAUGACUUGAUCGUAUUGACCAACCAGAUCUCAUCUGAUGAGUUGAUCAGUAACGAGGAUAUCCUAAACACAGAAAAGUUGAUUGCUGAAGGCAGAGCAGAGUCUGAAUACACCACGUAUAACUUCGAUCUUUGGAGUGUGUUGAAGAGGGGCGCCAUCAACUUGGUGUUACCCUUCAUCAAUGGAAUGAUGUUGGGAUUCGGAGAGAUUUUGGCCCAUGAAAUAGGAUUCAAGUAUAACUGGCAAGGGGCCCGAGUGGUGCCCGAGAGACGUAUAGAACAGAAAAAUAGCCUGUCUAGGUACUUGUAAUGGUUUAUAUUCUAAUGCUAAUGGAUGCACUUUAGUGCACAAAAUCUAAUAUACUUGUCAUAAUUCGUAUUCAUGUCCAAAACCAGACGGCACCUGCUUGAGCCACAAACACUUCAAACAAGCGGUGUCUCGUGCUUGUCGCUAAAUAGUUCGUACUGUCUGUCUUUUCCCACCGGAAACCUCUUUACUGUAUCACAUACCAUGCACAGAUAAAUAAGAACGUCGUUUUUGGGGUCUUUGGAGCCCGACAAAUUCUCUAGCCGGACCCGUAGUGUGGCCCCAGCAACGAGGAUCGUAUUACACUGCUUGCACAUGGUUCUCUUGAAGUUAGGUGUCAACUUGAGCACUGCUUUUUUGGAUAUCACCGUAGCAUUUCUGCUGUAGACUCGGGAGAGUGUGUGAAACUUGGGAUUUUGUAACAUCAUUUGUGACACCUGGUACAAGUAAGAUAUCCGGGUGUACUCGUCUUUCUUGGGAAUGGACGUAGGGGUUUUCCCAGAUGUCUUUUUAGCCAUCUGCAAACCUCAAACCUCGAACCUC